CUUCAUCUCAUCGUCGUGAUGCAUUUUCCCCGGCGAGAGAAGGUACAUUUAGAAAUCAUCCUCAAGCACUGGAAUUCAAAUCCUCGACUCUGAGAGACAUCAUCAUGGCCACUACCACCCAGACAACGACGCAGAUGAACGGUUCGAAGGAUCCUGCACAAGAGCUCGUCGAGAAUGCUCUCAAGGUGAACACGAAACCGCUCUGGACGCAAAUGGCUAAGUUGAACCCACCGGAACCGAAUCCCCAGUGCGUCCCCUACAUCUGGCGAUACGACGAAGUCAGACCGAGCCUCCUACGGGCAGGGGAGAUCAUCACCGAGCAGCAAGCCGAAAGACGAGUGCUGAUGCUGGUCAAUCCUGCUAGAGAUGCCCCGUACACCACUGACACGUUAUACGCCGGUCUCCAGCUGGUGAUGCCCAACGAGACCGCCCGGGCACAUCGACACACAGCCUUCGCCAUGCGCUUCAUCAUCGAAGGUCAAGGGGGCUUUACUGCCGUCCACGGUCGACGCAUCUCCAUGCAGCGAGGGGAUGUCAUUCUCACUCCAACCUGGAACUGGCACGACCACGGCAAGGACGGCUCUGGGCCGAUGAUCUGGCUGGAUGGUCUCGAUCUACCCAAUUUCAGACACUUCCCUGUCCACUUCGUCGAGCAUUAUCAACAGCCCAGAUACCCUGCGGAAGACGUCGACUCCAAUGACUCACCCAUCGUCUUCCCUUGGAAGGUGAUGCAACAGAGACUGGACGAGAAGCAGGGCGACUGGACGUCGGAAGAUUACUUGAAGAAAGAUGGUAGACCUGUUUCCAAAAUCCUUGGUGGUUCUGCCGAGCGUCUGAACGCGGGAUGCACCUCUCCAGCUGUUCGUGAGACGGCUUCGUCAGUCUACCAUGUCGUAACCGGCAAAGGAUACAGCGAGAUCCAGGGCCAACGCAUCCAGUGGAAGCAGGGUGAUACCUUUUGCAUCCCUGCCUGGAACAAGUAUCGACACACCGCUGAAGGAGACGAGACGGUGUAUCUGUACAGAUUCCACGACAAGCCGAUGCUGACAGCGCUCGGCUUCUACAGAGUCGAGGGCUGUGACGUCGAGACCUUGGUGUCUGAUUAACACCGGAACAAGGGAUGUGAACAGUCCAAUUCUGCUGCGAAUCGGAUGGCAUAUGCUGCCUCCAUGUCCAGCAGGGACAAGACGAGCUUGUAGGACAGGAACGAGAGGGUCCGGCCUGGCGUGGCAGUUACUACUACCAAUAGUACUUGAUCAGGUUGUCUUCAGGCUGCGAAGUAUGGUUCAUAUCCCCUAUAUGAUCUGUAAGUGCUGCCGUCGUUGUCAAGUCCAAAAUGAUAAAUGC